AUGGUUCUGAUACCCAGCACAGCAAUCUUGUACCACCGCCUCGGGAGCAACAACAUCAAAGCCCCAUCCAGAAUCAACGGUACGUCAACAUGGCUUCAGAAUGCUGCCAAGAAUGGCACGGAUCAGAGCUUCCAGGACGACACAGUCCGGUCCGCGAGAUCUCGCCUUUAUCCUUCCAUCCCCGACGUCGACCAGAGCGUCGACCAGAGCGUCGACCAUAGCAAGCCUCGCAUGCAUCGAGGCGCAGGCACGGCUUCGCGCGGCGCAGCUAUCGCGACCGAAGCGGAAGUGACCAGACACCUCACCAAGACCGCCACCGAGAACGAAAAGGCCAACAACAGCACCACCAACACGGCCACCACCCAAGCAGCAGUAGUAACCGGCGUCGAGUGCCGCACCGCCUCCUCCAACUCCACCAACGCCCUCCACGGCUUUGUGGUCUUCGCCACGAGCGGCUUCGGGGGCGACAACGUGCAGAUCCAUCCGGCGGGCUUCGUCGACCCUUCCAACCCGCAGGCAGCGGGUAAGGUUCUUGCGGCUGACAUGUUGCGUGUUGAAAGGGGAAAAUCUGCUCUUGACACUAGGGAGAAGGUAAGCAAAGCAGUGGCGGGGCUGCGACCUGUUGAUGAUGAUGAGGUGGAAAGGGGUUGUCUGCGUCAGUGGGAUGUGCAGUUGCUGCUUGACCCGGGCAAGACACAAACAGGCCGCGGCGGGGCAUGUUGGAAGACGGUGCGGGGGCUGAACGAGGUCACGAGGAAGACGCUGCGCGGGUAUGUCAGGGCAGUGCGUGGGGAGAAGAAGGACGAAUUUGGGCGGGUCACGUUUGGGCACUGGAGGCUUGGUAUUGUCGACGGCGGCGUGGACGUAGUCGACCACGACGCCGAGGUGUGUAUCGGGAGGAUGACGCCCGUCGCGCACUUCACCAUUGAGCGGUGCCGUCUUCAACGAGCGGGCGCGAGGCUGUGGGGAUCCGGCGAGAUCAUAGGAGGUCUCCAUCGCGAUAAUCGCCUUGGCUGCUCAUCGCUGCUUGAAUGCGUAAUGUUUGAAGGGGUUGCUGGAGAACAGGCUGCGUUGGUGGGGACUCAGAUGCAUUCAUGA